CCUCGCACUCGAUACUUGCAAUGAAUAGAUAUGAAUGGCCAUGCAGCGGCGCACUACACCUACGCUGCACCCGUCAAGGGGCACCUGGCCAACGGAACCGUCAGGCCUCCAACCUGCCACGUCUUCGUCCUCGUCCGCCCCGCGGCGCACGCGGACGCGCUCGAUGCGCAGCGGGCGGGGCAUCCGCUGAGCCUGGCGGCGUUGAAGGCCGCUGGAGCCGAGGUGAAGGUGCUACGAGCAUCGUGCCACUGUCAGGGCAAACGUUUGCUCGAAGAAGGUGCUGUUUAUGAGUUGGCUGAGUGUGGCAGGACCCUCCGUUUCGAGGGCCAUGCUAUCAAUGUCAACGACGCUGCAAGGAGCUUGACGCAUCUCAGGGCCUGGCACGAGGCCACGGAGGUGAAGAAUUUGCCAGUGGUGGUUCUUCUCGCAGAGUCCAUCAUUCAAGGGCCAAGCGCUCUGUGGGCUCAACAGGUGGUGGCCGCUUGCCGCUCUGGUCAGCCGCUGCUGUCCUUGGGCCACCCCCCACUGCCACACAGCCUGGAAGGCGGCUAUGCCAUGUCGGCCGGGUUCUUGCAACGUCUCAAGCUGCUUCUGCCAAGCUUGAAGGCGAAGCCCUCCGCUGAGAUGGCUCAAAGCCUCUUCCGCUUGGCUCUGGAGCAGUUUCGGCUGCCUUCAGUGCCGGCCGCUCCGCUUCUCAAAGGCGGCGACGGACCGCUCGUUCCGCCGGGAUCCGGACGUAGCCAUCCUCCGGUGGCCGGAAGGCCGCACGGGGGCAUUAAGGUUGUGGUCAUCACCCUUGCGCAUCGCGGCGACCGGCGUGUGGACCCAUUGGUCGCUGGCCCUUCAGCUUUGGCUGCGAUGCGGGAAGCAGGCUUUGACGUGGAAGUCUUGCGAGCUUCCUGCUACUGUGAGCGGGACACUUUGGAGCAGCAUGGUCGGCUGCUGUGCUUCUUCGAUGAGAACCACUGGGGCAAUUUCCAGCGUUACGAGGGUGCCACCCGAGAAUUGGACUCCGAGGAGGAGGAAGAGUUGCUGGACUAUCUCAACGAGAACUAUGAGCACGGCGCCCAACGCUUGGCCGACCCCGAGGACGGCGACCUCGCAGGCUACUUGCGCGACACCAACUGGCCGGGCGCCACUAGUUGCGCGAUGAGUCAUCUUCGUGGCCUGGUGAAGGCUGCGACGGACGGACACGAGUUUGCCUUGGUCUUCGAGGACGAUGCCGUCAUCCCAACCUCCGUGGCCCGAAAAAGGGGUUGGUGUGAGACCUGUCCGGGGAAUCUGUGCUUUUGCCCAAGCGCUUGGGCCUUUUGCGUGGAAGAAGCGGUGCAGCUCAUGAGACGGGCACCUCACCUGGACUUGCUCUACCUGGGCGUUGGAGAGGCCUUUGAGCCGCAUGGACCACAUGAAGGGAUCCUCUCGGACGACAGCGACGAGGAGCUGGGAGGCAUCACCGAGAUGGGCUAUACCUGGUGCGCCGAAGCCAUCCUCUACGCGCGCUCCGCCCUGCAGGACGUCCUGGCGCUGAAGCUGCAUGAGCGUCUCUGGGCACAGGACGAGACCAUCCCACAUCUCUACAGUCGAAAGCCGUGGAAUCCGCGCUUCAUGGAGUCUUUGAAGCAAGUGGGCUUCCAACGGCGCUGGCUGGCUGGAGCUCCUGCAGAGGAUGUCGAGGAGGGCUGGAUUCAACAACUGGAAUUCUUCAAAGAAGAGUUGGACUCCGCUCAACUGGCCUUGGCGUGGCGCUCCUCGAACUCCUCGGAGCUUUGAGCCGAGACGGCAGCGGCGCCGGCAUCGGCGAGUUCCGACCCGAGAGCGAGACGCCG